GCGAUCCUAAGCCAAAGACCGAGUCAAGACCACAGAACAUCUGAUACACAGAAACUGUUGGUUUGAAGAAAACAGGCCUGGCGCGAGGUCUGAUCCCCAACUGCCUUUGAAUUAGUGACUGACAGUUCUCCAAACAUCAAGUCCCAGUUUUAUCCGCCAGUAUGUCUGACAUGUCGGAACCCGCGUUAAGCAGGGCUAGAGUUUAUGCAGAUGUUAAUAUGCGGAGGCCCCGGGAGUACUGGGAUUAUGAGUCACAUGUGGUGGAAUGGGGAAAUCAAGACGAUUACCAACUAGUUUCAAGAUUAGGCCGCGGUAAAUACAGUGAAGCGUUUGAAGCCAUCAACAUCAAAAAGAAUCAAAAAGUUGCUGUUAAAAUCCUCAAGCCAAUAAAGAGGAAAAAAGUACACCGUGAAAUAAAGAUUUUGGAAAAUUUGAGAGGUGGUCCAAACAUCAUCACAUUGCUGGACACUGUAAAAUAUUCCGCCUUGCGAACCCCCAUCUUGGUUUUUGAACACGUAAACAAUACAGACUACGUGCAGUUAUACAAGACAUUAACCGACUAUGAUAUCCGGUAUUACGUAUAUGAGAUUCUGAAGGCCUUGGAUUUUUGUCACAGCAUGGGAAUAAUGCACAGAGAUGUGAAGCCGCAUAAUGUUAUGAUUGAUCAUGAACAUAGAAAGCUACGGCUGAUUGACUGGGGUUUGGCUGAAUUUUAUCAUCCUGGCCGAGAAUACAAUGUUCGUGUUGCCUCUCGAUACUUUAGAGGUCCUGAACUCCUUGUAGGGUAUCAAAUGUAUGAUUACAGUUUGGAUUUGUGGAGCUUGGGCUGUAUGCUGGCGAGCAUGGUCUUUCAGAAGGAGCCGUUUUUCCAUGGACAUGACAAUUACGAUCAAUUGGUCAGGAUAGCCAAAUUUCUCGGAACCGAAGACUUAUAUGAAUAUGUUUACAGAUACGACAUUGAAUUAGACCGUCGUUUCGGUAACAUCUUGGGCACGCACUCCCGUAAGCAAUGGGAUCGCUUUGUCCACAGUGGAAACCAGCACCUUAUCAGCCCAGAGGCCUUGGAUUUACUCGAUAAACUGCUUCAAUAUGACCACCGGUCACGCCUCACUGCAGGAGAGGCUAUGAUGCACCCCUAUUUCUAUACUAUUGUGCAAGACCAGGCUCAAAUGGGAGAGGCCAGUGUGCCUGUCGGUCGAGCCAACGUGACUGUAGGGGUUUCUUCAGGGCCAGCCGCUUCACCCCGUGGAGCUGUGGCAGGCGCAGCUGCUGCCAGCCCGCGUGGGGUGACUUUUCCACCUGCCCCUGGCUCUCAACAGUAAUGGCCCUAUCUGUCAACGAUGUCUGAGCAGAGGUAACAGAGUCUGCUCUCUCCUUGAUGUCGCUUGCACCUGACCAGAAGGGGUGAAAUACUUCAGAAGCACUGCGUUAAGCCAAUGUUCCUUGUUCAAUCAUAAAAAAAAAAAAAAAAAAAAUUAGAAUAGGCUGAUUUUCUUUAUUUUCGUUUAACUUGAACUUUUCAUAACUCUAGAGGAUUCCCUGAAAAAUUACUUACAGGUGGAGUAUUUCAUAGACAGAUUUUUUUCUUCCCUUCCAAAUUCAGUUUGCCAUCUUUAAAGAACAAAGAUAAACAGCCUCAGUCCCAGCUACUGCUGCUGAGUUGGGGUGAGAUUUCUUCCCAUACCCUCCACUGCACCCCCACCGCCCCAAGCUUGGGGCUGGGGUUUAUAUCUGUACUCUUCUCCAGAGAUUACAAAAACGUUGCUUCUCAAAGGAGGUGGGAAGGAAGAAGGAAGGGAGGAUUCAACCUGUAAGAGCAGUAUACAACUUAUCACACUUAACAUCACUUUACUUCAGAAGUUCUUCAGUGGAGUUACCCUGGUGAAUCUAGUGGAACGACGUGUUGGUUAAAUUGAAAUGCCAAAAAUAUACUCAGAGUGCAGGCAGGUUCUUGAAAACUAUUGACCAAAUCUUCAAUCCAGCUCACAACUUUGGUUUCCAUUUAGUUUAAAAUGUUAAUAUCUGUACUGCACAAUAUUAAAACAUCUGGG